CAUGGCAGAUAUUCUUAAGAACUUAGGAGCCUCCUAUAUGGGAGUGCAGAUAUACGAUAAAGCUUUGGAGCAUUAUAAAGAAGGAAUAGAGUUCCUUAUGAAGAGAAAUGAUAAUGAAAGUACAAGAAUGGCAAAAAUAUAUUACAAUAUGGGAUUAGUUUACAGAAAGAUGAAGGAUUUUAAAUCUGCUGAGUAGUAUUAUUAGACAGCAGCAAGUGUAAUUGCCACUAGUAAAUCGGCUUCGGAUCUGAUUACUUUAGGAGAUAUUUACAACAAUUUCGGAGUGUUGUUUGGAACUUAAGACAAAUUUGCUUAGGCAAAGAAAUACUUUUAAAUGUCAUUGGAAUAUUAUCAAAAGGUUUUAGGACCCAAUCAUAGUAUAUGCAAAGAAGUUUAAAUAAACAUCAAGGAAUUAGAAAAGUGGUUAUCUAUAUGA